UCUUCCCUCCCUCUCUCUCUGCUCUGGUAGGUCCACAAUGGUACAGCCAGCAUCUUGCAGCACAAUGGUUGCAAGGUGGUGAGCUGAGGGAGAGUGAUUCAGCAUCAGCAAACCUCGGUUCCGUCCACCUCUGCUUUUUUUCUUUCCUCAUCGCCUUUUUUUUGAGUCGUUUUUCCCCCCACCCCUUCGCCAUCUUUAUUUAUGAUCGUUUAAAGUCAGCCUCCAGCUAUGGUCCCCGCAAUGUUUCUCGUCGGGAUGUUUUGAAAAAGACUGUCACCGGACUGGGAUCGUCAUCAGCUGGCACGGAAUGGUAUUUAUGAGCAGACAUUUCUUAUAUAACUGCAGCCAACCAAUCCUGGAUGUGAAGAUAGCCUUUUGUCAGGUGUGUGUUCCUUACAGGUAAAAAAGGGUUUUGGAAAACAAGUGGAUGUGUCAUAUAUUGCCAAACAUUACAACAUGAGCAAAAGCAAAGUGGACAACCAGUUCUACAGUGUGGAAGUGGGAGACUCCACCUUCACAGUUUUAAAACGUUACCAGAAUUUAAAGCCCAUCGGCUCUGGAGCUCAGGGAAUUGUCUGUGCGGGCUAUGAUGCUGUUCUGGACAGAAAUGUAGCCAUCAAGAAGCUGAGCAGACCCUUCCAGAACCAGACCCAUGCCAAGAGGGCAUACCGGGAGUUGGUGCUCAUGAAAUGUGUCAAUCACAAAAAUAUUAUCAGUUUAUUAAAUGUCUUCACACCACAGAAAUCAUUAGAGGAAUUCCAGGAUGUGUACCUAGUGAUGGAGCUGAUGGAUGCCAACUUGUGCCAGGUGAUUCAGAUGGAGCUUGACCACGAGAGAAUGUCCUACCUGCUCUACCAGAUGCUGUGUGGUAUCAAACAUCUGCACUCAGCUGGCAUUAUUCACAGGGACCUCAAACCAAGCAAUAUAGUGGUGAAGUCAGACUGCACCCUGAAGAUCCUGGAUUUUGGUCUGGCCAGGACUGCAGGCACCAGUUUCAUGAUGACCCCUUAUGUGGUGACCAGAUACUACAGAGCCCCAGAGGUUAUCCUAGGCAUGGGAUACAAAGAGAAUGUGGAUAUAUGGUCGGUGGGGUGCAUUAUGGGAGAAAUGGUGCGCCACAAAAUCCUCUUCCCUGGGCGGGACUACAUCGACCAGUGGAACAAGGUGAUUGAGCAGUUGGGCACACCCUCACCAGAGUUCAUGAAGAAGUUGCAGCCCACAGUGAGGAAUUACGUUGAGAACCGGCCAAAGUACGCAGGUCUCACCUUUCCCAAGCUCUUCCCCGACUGCCUUUUCCCUGCUGACUCUGAGCACAACAAACUCAAAGCUAGCCAAGCCAGAGACCUGCUGUCUAAGAUGCUGAUCAUUGACCCUGCUAAACGGAUAUCGGUGGACGAAGCCUUACAGCACCCCUACAUCAACGUGUGGUAUGAUCCAGCUGAGGUGGAGGCGGCCAGAGAUCUCAUCCAAAUAUCCAUGCCUCCACCUCAGAUCUACGACAAGCAGCUGGAUGAAAGAGAACACUCCAUUGAUGAAUGGAAAGAACUAAUUUACAAAGAGGUGAUGAACUUUGAGGAGAGAACGAAGAAUGGCGUUGUGAAGGGACAGCCUUCACCUUCAGGUGCAGCCGUGAACAGCAGCGAGAGCCUCCCCCCCUCCUCCUCCAUAAACGACAUCUCCUCCAUGUCCACCGACCAGACCCUGGCCUCAGACACUGACAGCAGCCUGGAGACCUCUGCAGGACCCCUGGGGUGUUGCAGGUGACUAGCCGCCUGCCUGCGCAACCCCAUGUUCUUCCGAAGGUGAAGAACCCAACCCGAAAUGACCAACUGAAAAUACAAAAAAGGAAAAAAAAGAAAAAAAGAGUAAAGAUCAAAAUUAAUAUAUUAAGAACAAAAACAUCGAGUCGUGGAAACACCGAAUCUGAAAUGAUGAAAUCUAAAGCCUGUGCAUUGUCAUACAAAAACAGCAGUGGUAUUUAAACUGAAGUAAAUGAGCUGAGAUAUAUGUUAAUGAUCCUCUAGUUGCUUUGCUUAUAUUACCCCACAUAUCUUGUAUAUGGCAUCCAAACAAAAUGACCAAAUGCUUCGACUUGCAUCUCCUGUAAAGUGCAUAUUGGCUGGCUGCUGGUCUCCCAAUUCCUUACAAAAGCAUUUAUGCUCCAAUCAUUGUGGCAAGGUGGGCUGCCAUUUUGCUCAUCACUAUUGUACAAUACAUCCUCCUUUCCCCCCUCUCCCCAUUCACCCCUUAUGUAAUGACACUGCUGUAUUUUAACCUCUAGGCUUUGCCUUAGGCACCCUCAUCCCCACCCAACACAAUCCCCAAUGUAAGGUUGCCUGAUUUGUGUGUUUUUAUGUGGUUAUUCUGCAGGGAAAUGUAGUCGCUCUCACCCAGGGUGGCGCUCCCUGCGCUACUUGUAAAUAAUGUAAUUCUGUACAGCUGAAGGGCACACAGAGUGGGACUGAUGGCCAGUACACUGGGAGUUUUUUUUCUGACUAGCGCACCUUGCCACAUCACCGCUUUCCACCUCAGUUGCCCCUGCCUAUUGCUGUAGUCCUGCAUGAUUAGAUUUAAAACAAUGCUAAUCUCACUGUAUGCUAAAAUGAGUCUGUAUAGAGACUUUUGUUUAUAUACGAUGUAAACUAACUCAACUCCAGACAUGGGGGGGGGUCUGGGCACAGGAUAGGACGAGUGAGUGUGAGUGUGUGUGUGGGUGUGUGUUUGUUAACCACAGGCAAGCCAUUAAGACAUUAGUAAAUGUCAGGGCUGAGUUCGGGACUUAAAGGGUCAGUACACUCUGAGAUAAAUUAUUUUGAUUGUGCUCAGACUUCAUAAGAUUACCUUUAAGGGGUUUUAAAAAAAAAGUCUGAUUUGUGUGUAAUGUCCCUUUUAUUUCUCCUGGCAGUGUAUGAUCGGUCCCUCCACCACCCCACGGGCUGGCCCACAGCCCUGCAUGUCAUUGUGUACCAUUAACCCCUCAUAGGCACAGGAGGUUGGUCUGUUUCACUGUGGUGUUACCACAAGGGGACUAUUCUUAUUUAUUUGACUGUCUGAAACUGAGGGCUUAUGGAAAGAGAUACAAAUGAUGCAGUGGGUAGUUUAAAGGCGGGCGAUGAGUGUUAACCUCGUAGCAAUGUUUUAUUCUAAAGUCAUGUACAUCAUUUCACUACACACGAGAAAAAAAAAACAUGUUUUUGUUAAUAAUAAAUGAACUGGAUACAGGCUACCCAACAGUUAUGUUGACUACAUCAUUUCUCAGCUGGAAGAUUUAUUUAUUGAUUUAUUUAUUUUGAUAGACGAAACCUGAAUAUGGCAAGUGCCUUUUGGAAUGAAGCAUUGCAGGUACAGAAAUGAUAUUAUUUUUGGGUAUUUUUUCCUUUGCUUCUUCUUUUUCUGCCUUAAAACUAUCCGUAUCCCCAACGCACCAAUGCUGGUAGAAACAUUUAAGCAAAAAACACACAGUUUGGCCGGAUGUUGGCGCUUUAACUUUAGGUUUUAUCCAGUGACAGGGACACUUUGGGGUGUGAAAUCGAACUGCUUUGUUCAGAUCAAAUGGCUUAACACAUACUUAAGAUAGGUUUUACACAGCAUGGAAGGAUUUCUGUCAUUUCCCAUAUUGAUUUAUCCUUCAAACUGAAUCUCCACAGUGUGUGACCAGAUUUUCUCAAACUGGGGCACACGCACAAACACUCGCAUGCAUUGUUCGCAUUGAACUUUGCAAAGGCUUGGCAGCUCUAGGGCACUCUGUCUCUCACUCCACCGUCCAGUUACAGCCCGUCACUGUAGGUCACAUGUAAUCUUUGAUAUUUCACUCAUCCCAUUCAAAACACGCUAUAUUUUUACUUCUCACAACAACAACAGUUUAAGCUACAGUUGUGAAUAUGCAAUGGUUGAUUGCAACUAAGGUAUUACUACAGCUUUCUUUUCAUGCUUUAAAACACUCCAACUAGAAACAGGUGAUCUACAGUGAGUUGCUUUAUUUGUGUUUGUGUUAGUAGUUAGUUUCCUUAGGUAAAUAAUUCUCAUAAUCUUGGUUUCAAGUGCCGUAUUCCGUGUUCUUAUGCAGGUUGUGUGGGUUGAUGGGCAAAGAACCAUUAACAGAUGCUGGGUUACGAAACCACAUUUUGCAAGCAAAGAAAUAAUUU